GUAAGGCUUGAUGAAGGCUCUAACAAUGACCAAAAGUCAAUCAUGAAUGAUCCUGUUCUGCCGCUUCCUCCCACUCCAAAAAUCAUUUUUGCGAGACGGAAUGGCCAAACAAAAUAAAGCAGGGGAACUGUAGAUGUGGGAUGGAGUUUCUAUGUUUAGUGUUUUUCCCUCCACCUCAGCCCAACCCUCAGGUUGGAGUAGAUUGAGCAGAAGAGUGAAUUCCUCCACCCUCGCCCAGAGACGACAAAACCGACGCCUGAUCGACACGUGUCCACCUUUACUCUCUUGCUCCAAGAAAAGAACGAAGAAGGAGAGAGACGACACCAUACUCGCGAUGGAAAGAAAGAUAAUAUAUAAAGCCAUGAGAUCUUUCGGUUCUUCCCCUGCGCUUCUGCUAUCCACAUUUUUAGCGAUUGCUUUGUUGAUCUUGGUCCCUGCAACAAUGGCGAUGCCUGGAGGUAUCUACAACUCCCCGGUUUCUCAGAACAGCGCCGAGAUCGAUAGCCUCGCUCGUUUCGCCGUUGAAGAGCACAACAAGAAAGAGAAUGCGCUGCUUGAGUUUGCAAGGGUCGUGAAGGCACGGGAACAGGUGGUGGCUGGAACAAUGCAUUAUCUUACUGUUGAGGCUAUUGAUGCGGGUAAGAAAAAUAUCUACGAAGCAAAGGUGUGGGUGAAGCCAUGGAUGAACUUUAUGGAACUUCAGGAAUUUAAGCAUGCUGGUGAUGUCCCCUCAAUUACCCCUGCUGAUCUUGGAGUUAAGAAUGAUGGUCAUGGGGUGGGAUGGCAAGCGGUGCCAGUGCAUGAUCCUGGAGUCCAGGAUGCUGCCAAUCGUGCAGUCGAGGCCAUCCAACAGAGAUCGAACUCCUUGUUCCCCUACGAACUUCUUGGAAUCCUUUCUGCGAAGGCUGAGGUGGUUGAGCAGUCUGCGAAGUUUGACAUGCUUCUAAAGGUGAAGAGGGGAAGCAAAGAAGAGAAGCUGAAGGUUGUGGUGCAUAAGAAUAAUGAAGGUGCCUUCCAUCUAAACCACAUGGAACCUGACCAUUCUUAACUUCUCCAAGGAAUCGUAAUUAAGCUUUGUUAAUCAUAAUAAAAAGAAAAGCGGAUUACCUUUUUUACUUUGGAUCCAUACAGGCUCCUGUUUAUGAUACAAAUACAUAUGAAUGGUGGGGAAUGCAGGCUGUAAAAGUUAACUAAAUAAAAAUUUUACUUCGUAUAGCA